GGCCCUUUUGGGCUUUGGCUACUGAGGUUUGAUGCCAUUGCAUUUGCACCUACGCAGCCCCCCCUUCCCUAUAUUCUCCUCUCUUCCACCAUUUCUGUUGUGGUCUCCUCAUGACCACGUUCACCCAUGACUCAACACAUCAACACUCCACCAUUUUCUUCUGAUCAAUCCCACACCAUCUUCAUGAACUCUUCACACUGUUAUCCUCACAUUCACUGCUCGAAAUGGUAAAGCCCCUCAAACCCAUAUUUCUCUAUUCCUUAAAUCCGCAUCGAAGGAGCAAGUUCAGGGGUUUUACUUAUCUGGGUCGUCUUCAAUUUUCAUCAAAACCCGAUCUUUUUGAUCAAUCUGAGUCCAUACAAACAGAAGAAAGUAAGAGGCUUUUGUUUAUUGUUUCUAAGGUGUCGGAUAUUUUGUCUAAUCCGCGGCUGCAAUGGCAGACAAAUGGAGAGCUUCAGUCAUUGAGCUCCAUAUUAAGACCCCCACACGUGGCAAAACUCGUUGAGAUCCAUGAAAAUACUGAAGUAGCUUUGCAGUUUUUUUACUGGGUUUCUAAGAGGCAUUUUUACAAACAUGAUAGGAACUGUUAUGUUUCCAUGUUGAAUAGGCUUGUUUUUGACAAGAAAUUUGCUCCUGCUGAUCAUGUGAGGAUAUUGAUGAUCAAAGGUUGUAGAAACCAGGAGGAAAUGAAAUGGGUUAUUGAGUAUUUAAGUGAACUUAGCAGAAAAGGUCUUGGGUAUACUUUGUAUAGCUUUAAUACUUUGUUGAUUCAAUUGAGUAAGUUUGAGAUGGUUGAGGCAGCUAAGAGUGCUUAUCAAGAAAUCAUGAGCAGUGGAACGGUGCCGAGUUUAUUAACUUUUAACACUAUGAUAAACAUAUUGUGCAAGAAAGGGAGAGUUGAAGAGGCCAAGAUGAUAAUGAGUCAUAUUUAUCAGCGGGAAUUGAGUCCCGAUGUGUUUACAUAUACAUCUCUGAUUCUGGGUCAUUGUAGGAACAGGGACUUGGAUGCAGCAUUUGUGGUAUUUGAUCGGAUGGUUCAGGAUGGAAUAGAUCCGAAUGCAGCAACUUAUACUACUCUUAUAAAUGGACUUUGUUCGGAGGGGAGAGUCGAUGAGGCUAUGGAUAUGCUUGACGAGAUGAUUGAGAAAGGUAUUGAACCCACUGUGUAUACAUACACAGUUCCAGUUAGUUCCUUGUGUGCAGUUGGACGUGAGAAAGAGGCUGUUGAUCUUGUAGUGAACAUGAGAAAGAGGGGAUGUGAACCAAAUGUCCAGACAUAUACAGCUCUAAUUAGUGGACUGUCUCAAUCUGGACUCCUUGAAGUGGCAAUUGGAUUGUAUCACGACAUGUUGAGAAAAGGUUUGCUCCCAACUAUGGUUACAUUCAAUAUAUUGAUAACUGAAUUGUGUAGAGCAAAAAAUAUAGACAGAGCUUUUAAUAUUUUCCGUUGGAUUGAAGCACAUGGAUACAAACCCAACACUAUAACUUGCAAUGCACUGAUCCAUGGAUUAUGCUUGGUUGGGAAUAUUGAAAGGGCAAUGGUUUUACUCAGUGAAAUGCUAAAGGUGGGUCCGGCACCAACAGUGAUUACUUAUAAUACCCUAAUUAAUGGCUACCUUAAACGGGGCUUUCUGGACAAUGCUAUGAGACUACUGGAUUUGAUGAAGAAUAAUGGAUGUAAAGCUGAUGAAUGGACUUAUGCCGAACUUAUUUCUGGUUUCUGCAAGAGGGGCAAGCUUGAUUUAGCUUUGGCUCUCUUUCAGGAAAUGAUAAAGAAUGGUUUAAGUCCAAACAAGGUAAACUAUACAGCUCUAAUUGAUGGUCUCUCGAAGGAAGAGAAAAUAGAUGAUGCACUUGCAUUACUUAAAAGGAUGGAAGAGAGUGGUUGCAGUCCAGGCAUUGAAACUUACAAUGCUAUCAUAAAUGGUUUGUCCAAAAAAAACAGGCUUUUGGAAGUAAAAAGACUAUGUAAUAAGCUGGCAGAAAGUGAACUGCUCCCAAAUGUAAUCACCUACUCAACUUUGAUUGAUGGUCUUUGUAGGAAUGGUGAAACUCAUCUUGCAUUUGAGAUUUUGCAUGAUAUGGAGAGAAGAAAUUGCAUGCCGAACCUGUACACUUACAGUUCGCUAAUCUACGGCUUAUGUCUUGAAGGUCAGGCUGAUAAAGCAGAGAGCUUACUCAGAGAAAUGGAGAAAAAAGGAUUAGCUCCUGAUUAUGUGACUUAUACUUCACUAAUUGAUGGUUUUGUAGCAUUGGAUAGACUAGAUCAUGCACUUUUACUUCUUCACCAGAUGGUUGAUAAGGGUUGUCAACCAAAUUAUAGAACCUUUGGUGUGUUGUUGAAAGGAUUGCAAAAGGAACAUGAGUUGAUUUCAGGGAAGGUCUCCGUCAAGCGUGAAACAGUGUAUAGUUGCACAGCUAGCAAGAAGGAUGUUAGUAUUGAACUGUUAUGUACUCUACUAAAUAGAAUGUUGGAAAUUGGUUGUGAGCCGAAUGAAGGCACAUAUUGCACUUUAAUUCUUGGUCUGUAUAGAGAUGGUAAAACUUAUGAGGCAGACCAGUUGAUUGAACAUAUGAGGGAGAAAGGCUUCAGUCCUACUAGUGCAGCAUAUUGCUCUCUUUUAGUUUCUUAUUGCAACAAUUUAAAAGUGGAUGCUGCUUUGGAAAUAUUUGAUUCAUUGAUUCAACAAGGUUUUCGACCUCCUUUGUCAAUUUAUCAAUCACUCAUUUGUGCUCUCUGUAGAAGUAGCCGACUAAAAGAAGUUGAAGUGCUAUUUGAAAACAUGCUUGGGAAAAAGUGGAACAAUGAUGAGAUUGUUUGGACCAUCCUGAUUGAUGGUUUACUCAAGGAGAGAGAAUCUGAAUUGUGCAUGAAGCUUCUUCGUGUCAUGGAAUCCAAGAGUUGCAAUAUUAGUUUCCAGACAUAUGUCAUCUUGGCAAGAGAAUUGUCCAAAUUAGAUGGUUAAUUAAUACGAGUCAAAUGAUUUUUUGAGAAUUGAUCUGCAGCUCCAGAAAGCAGAAAUAAGUGAGUUAAUUUCUAAUCUUACAAUAGCCUCUCAUCUAUGGUUUCUUCAACUACUCUCGCUGAAGCUCGAUUGAAGAGGAAGCUAAGCUGAAAAAAUCUUCUGUUUCUGAAGCAGCUGCGUGAAUGCUGGUAAGCUGAGUUGUUGCUGAGCUUCAUGAUGAAGGAACUGACCUUUUACAGGUCAAGUGCACAAGGAUACGUUUUGAUAGUUGUCAAUUCUCACCUGCUGAUGGCAUUUUACAUGUCCAGCAAAGUAGGAAUCAGACCUGAAGGUACUGACUAGAGCAGCCAUAUUGAUUUUUCAACACAUACACCGGCCAAAAGGUUUCAUUUUUCCCCUCUUGUUUUUCUUCUCUAACACAAGAUUCAUUUUAUUAAACUAGAGUGCAGUCGAUUUUUGGAAUUAGCAUGUAGGUGUAACAGAGCAGUUUAUGUACAUAGAUCUUACUUGGUCUCUGAGUUGAAUACUUCAGAAAUACAUGGCAAUUGAUUUAGAGUUGAGAGGAUGUUGUAGUAUUUGUAUUGUUCAGUCAUAAUUGCAGAUAAUAA